AUGGAAUCCAAUUCCAACUUCACCUCCGUGCUGGCCAGCGCAAAAUACGGCGGAGUGCCCGUCCCGCCCCAAGUCGACUAUGUUGUUGACGCCGUCGUCAACUCUGGACCAUGGACCAUCCUCUUUACUGUGCUGGCUAUCUUGGUCGCCUAUGACCAGAUAAUGUAUAUCGUGAGGAAAGGCUCGAUCGUGGGCCCUUCCUGGAAACUACCAUUCAUGGGGCCUUUCCUUCAAUCGGUCAAUCCCAAGUUCGAGGAGUAUUAUGCGAAAUGGUUAAGCGGCCCGCUGAGUUGCGUUUCCGUCUUUCACAAGUUUGUCGUCAUCGCUUCGACUCGAGACAUGUCCCGCAAAAUCUUCAAUUCUCCGGCCUACGUCAAGCCCUGUGUCGUGGAUGUCGCCCACAAGCUCCUCGGUGCCGAUAACUGGGUGUUCCUGGACGGCCGUGCUCAUGUCGACUUCCGAAAAGGCCUCAAUGGCCUGUUCACUAGAAAAGCGCUUGAGAGUUAUCUUCCGGGGCAAGAAGAGGUGUACCAGGCAUACUUUAAGAAGUUCGUGCAGAUCACGAAAGAUAACGACGGCAAGCCGGUUCCUUUUAUGCCCGAAUUCCGCGAAGUAAUGUGCGCCGUAUCCUGCCGAACCUUCGUGGGACAUUACAUCUCCGAUGAGGCCGUGAAGAAGAUCGCCGACGAUUAUUACCUUAUCACCGCUGCCCUUGAGCUCGUCAACUUCCCUAUCAUCAUUCCCUACACCAAGACGUGGUACGGAAAGAAAGCAGCCGAUAUGGUUCUGAGGGAGUUUUCCAUCUGCGCCGCAAAGAGCAAAAUCCGGAUGGCCGCGGGGGGUGAGAUAACGUGUAUUAUGGACGCCUGGGUGAAAUCAAUGUUAGAAUCCAAGAAGUGGCGUGAAGCUCAAGAGGAGGGAUUGUCGACAGAAGGGAUGGAAAAACCCUCUCCCCUAUUACGGUGGUUCAGCGAUUACGAAAUCUCCCAGACUGUCUUCACCUUCUUGUUCGCUUCUCAAGAUGCUACGAGCAGUGCGGCUACCUGGCUUUUCCAAAUCAUGGCGCAACGACCCGAUGUUCUAGACCGAGUUCGAGAGGAAAACCUCGAGGUCCGAAAUGGCGAUAUCCACGCAGAGAUCAACAUGGACCAGCUUGAAUCUCUCAAGUAUACUCGUGCCGUCGUCAAGGAGCUGCUUCGUUAUCGGCCACCCGUCCUCAUGGUGCCGUACAUGGCCAAGAAGGCAUUCCCCAUUACGGAUACCUACACUGUCCCGAAGGGUGCCAUGAUUAUCCCAACCACGUACAUGGCUCUCCGAGACCCCGAGGUUUACGAAAACCCUGAUGUAUUCGAUCCCGACCGUUACUAUUCGGGCGAUGCUGAGGCCAAGGGUGCCAAAAACUACCUGGUGUUCGGUGUCGGCCCGCAUUACUGUCUCGGGCAAACGUACGCUCAGUUGAACCUAGCGCUCUUUGUCGGGAAGGCGUCGGUGCUCCUUGACUGGAAACACCAUCCCACUCCCAAAUCUGAGGAAAUCAAAGUGUUUGCGACUAUUUUCCCCCAAGAUGAUUGCCCGCUGACCUUUGAGGCCAGGGAAUAA